UGUACGCGCAUGUGCCAUCCCAUGUGAGGACUCUCCAGAGGUCAAUGGAAGCUGAAGUUUACUGACUUUUGAAUCAAACGGAAACUUCUCGAAGGAAAGUGCCAGAGUGCAGAUUCUUGGACAGUUCUUCGAUUGUUUUUGUCCCCAGAGAAAGCGUCACGCAAGACGUUAUUCAGGAGUUCUUGUUCUAAUUACCUUCUUCAUUCUAAAUGCGAUGCAUAUUGCGUACGCAAAAUACAGAAAAUAAGUUAAAUUUUUGUUUAUAUUAUUUUUUAAAUUCGUAUUAUAUAGAGAGAUGACUUCGGGCAAUUUCUUGGAAUUUCAUUUUAGUCUGCAAGUCAUCGAAUAUACAUUACUGGUCCUUUCAGGAAACCUGUCAAGCUUAUUUUAUGGAAAGGAUUUGACUAAUAUUCACCAAGUAUGAAUUUACCCUUAAAUUUCAUUCUGAUUUCGAUUGAUUAAUUUUUUCUCCAGCUCCAGUCCUAUAUAAGAGGGGCUCAUCCUCAAUGCUAUGAAAGCUCAAACAAGUUAGAAUAAUUAUUUUUUCCUCUGUGAUAAAUCUUGUUUUCUUUGUGUCUGGAAAGAAAUGGCAGCAAGUAUUGAUAAUUCUACCAACCAUGGGAGAAAUUUCAAGGCAGAUUCACACUGCAGAUGCCAGAUAAGUAACUUCUGCAGAUACAUGAAAAUGUGCAAACUAAGUUUUCGACGAAUUGAUUCAUCCAAUUCCAUGUGUCAAUAUGGUUUCAAAGAUUCGUCUAAAGUCAUUCCUCAAGAAUGUAGUGAAGAUGAUAUAUGGCAAACAAUGCAAGAAGAGGCUAAAUUUUACACAAAGCAAGAGCCCAUCCUGUCAAAGUACUAUUGUUCAUCUAUACUCUCUCAUAAGUCACUAGAGACUGCAUUAGCAAAUCAAUUAGCUAUCAAAUUAUGCAGAGUGAAUCUAUCAAGAGAAGCCCUUUACGACAUUUUCUUGAAAGCACUGGUAGAAGAUGGCAAUAUCCAGCGUGCUAUCGUAGACGACCUCAAAGCAGUGAGAGAGCGCGACCCUGCCUGCAUAAGUUACGUUCAUUGCUUCUUGAGUUUCAAGGGAUACUUAGCAUUGCAAGCCCACAGAGUAGCACAUAAACUUUGGAUAAAUGGUAGAAUUGCAUUAGCGAUCCUCAUUCAAAAUCAAGUUUCAGAAGUUUUCGCAGUGGAUAUUCAUCCAGGAGCAAAAAUUGGACAUGGCAUCGUAAUUGAUCACGCCACUGGAAUUGUGAUUGGAGAAACAGCAGUUAUUGGAAAUAGAGUUACAAUUUUACAUGAUGUGACAUUAGGAGGUACAGGGAAGGUACAAGGGGAUAGGCACCCCAAGAUUGGAGAUGAGGUUCUCAUAGGUACAGGGGCUAAAAUAUUGGGCAACAUUAAAAUUGGAGAAAAUGCAAAAAUUGGAGCAGGAUCAAUUGUUUUAAAAGAAAUUCCAGCAGGUGCAACAGCAGUUGGAAAUCCUGCCAGAGUAGUAGGAUUGAGUCGAGAUAAAUCAAAGAGGGCCCUACUAUAAUGUCAUCAUAUAUGUUGUAAUAUCUCAUUUCAACUUGAGCAUCUUCUUAUGCCUUGCUUUUGGCUUUUUUUCAUAAACUACACUUUCUUUACCCGAGUCGUAAUACCGGGUAGGAUUGAAAUAAACAUAAAGAAUUUAAGUU